UAAUCGCUCAUUUAGGGUUUUUCCUCACCACAUUUGGCCGAAACCAGAGAGUGAGAGAGAGGAGAGACGAGAGACGAGAGAGGCACAAUGGUUAAGUUUCUGAAGCCAAACAAGGCCAUCAUCAUCCUCCAGGGCCGCUACGCCGGACGCAAGGCCGUGAUCGUUCGCGCCUUCGACGAUGGCACUCGCGAUCGUCCAUAUGGCCACUGUUUGGUUGCGGGGAUAAAGAAGUACCCCAGCAAGGUUAUCCGCAAGGACUCGGCGAAGAAGACUGCCAAGAAAUCCAGGGUAAAGCCCUUCGUCAAGCUCGUGAACUACCAGCACCUCAUGCCCACUCGCUACACGCUGGAUGUGGAUCUCAAGGACGUCGUCAACGUUGAAGCUUUUGCGACCAAGGACAAGAAGGUGACUGCUUUGAAGGAGACCAAGAAGCGCUUCGAGGAGCGGUUCAAGACCGGGAAGAACAGGUGGUUCUUCACCAAGCUCAGGUUCUGAGGGAGCUCGAACGGCGUCGUGCUGGAAAUGGGUCUGAUUUUGUCUUCUGUUUUUCAAGUUAAUUUUGGAUUGAAAAUGGUUUAGGAUCUGUGUGGAUGAGACUUUUUAUGGAUUUAUGCAUUAAUGCUUAGUUAAACAAUUAGAUUUGUUAUUACUAAAAUGUUAAAUUUGGCA